AUGGAGCACAUCCACAAGGUGAAGAACGAGAAGAAGAAGGAGCGGCAGUUGGCCGAGCAACUUGCGGCGAAGCGCCUGAAGGAUGAGCAGCACCGUCACAAGGCUCGCAAGCAGGAGCUGCGCAAGCGCGAGAAGGACCGUCAACGUGCGCGCCGCGAGGACGCUGCUGCUGCCGCGGCCGCCAAGCAGAACGCCGCCGCGAAGAGGACCGCUGCACCUGCUGGCAAGAAACCCAUGAAGGCCGCCGCCGCUGCUGCUGCUGCUGUUCCUGCCAAGGCUGCUGCUCCUGCUAAGGUUGCUGCUCCUGCCAAGGUUGCUGCUCCUGCCAAGGCUGCUGCUCCUGUUCCUGCCAAGGCUGCUGCUCCUGCCAAGGCUGCUGCCGCUCGAAAGAAGUGA